CGCGCAGUCGCGGAGUCGCGGUCGCUGCGCGGCCUCUCGGGCUAGAGGGGCGGUAGCCUGUCUCCCCCUUGGCUGACCAAAGACGGACGACGGGAGGUAGGUAGCUCGUCUUCCAAAAUCCUGCACAAGUAAAUGUCUCCUUCUCGAAAAAUCCUCUGGGCUCCUAACCCGUCUUUUCUAGAGGCUGGGAAGUCCACGAUCAAGGUGCUGGCAGAUGGCAGAUUCAGUGUCUGGGCCACUACAGUGAGACAAAACAACAAUAACAUCACACGAGAACAUACAAGAAGAUCCAAGGCUACGGAAGAUGCAGAAAAUGCUUUUAAAGUGAGACUUAGUCUCAGAACAGCUCUGGGAGAUAAAGCAUACGCCUGGGAUACAAAUGAAGAAUAUCUCUUCAAAGCGAUGGUGGCUUUCUCCAUGAGAAGAGUUCCCAACAGAGAAGCAACUGAAAUUUCCCACGUCCUACUUUGCAAUGUAACCCAGCGGGUGUCAUUCUGGUUUGUGGUUACCGAUCCUUCAAGGAAUCACACCCUUCCUGCUGUUGAGGUACAGUCAGCCAUAAGAAUGAAUAGGAACCGGAUCAACAAUGCCUUCUUUUUGAAUGACCAGACUCUGGAAUUUUUAAGAAUUCCUGCCACUCUUGCACCACCUACUGACCCAUCUGUGCCCAUCUGGAUUAUUAUAUUUGGUGUGAUAUUUUGCAUCGUCAUAGUGGCAACCAUGCUAUUGAUUUUGUCAGGAAUCCGGCAACAUAGAAGGAAGAACAAAGGACCUUCUGAAAUGGAAGACACUGAAGAUAAAUGGGAAAACACAGUCAAAAUUGAAAAUGGCAUCCCCUGCGAUCCCCUGGACAUGAAGGGAGGGCACGUUAAUGAUGCCUUUGUGACAGAGGAUGAGCGGCUCACCCCCCUCUGAAGGGCUGCUGUUUUGUUUCCCCCUGAAACUCAACACUUGUUUCUGUGUAACUGCUGAACAUCACAAUUCAUUGAGGGAAGAUUAUAUAUUUUGUUUCACCAUUCUUCUUUUGUAAGAAAUUUUGAACGUG